CUUACAGGAGUCGCUUAGUUAUGACGUCGAUCACAUGCGUAUCCUUCAGCCAGGAUAGUUUCAUCUCUCUACAAGCAACUGGGAAAUGCACGUUUUUACAGGAGUUUAACUGCAGUAAAUAGAGUGAGGCGAUGGGGAGUAUCUUAUAUUUAUUAAUUCAUAUCCGAUGACUGUACUAAAUCUAAUAACGUUAUGGUUAUUAGAUUUACGUUACUGUAAAAAAAUAUAUAAUUUGUAAAAAUGUUGAAAACGUCCAUACGUACGUUGCUCUUGACUCAUAGGGUUGUAAGAAUUUGCACAUCUUGUCAAAUCCACGCAUGGGAAACAAACAUACUUUUUAAAUUGACUGAAAGUCGUACUUUUUCAACUGGGUCGGUAAAAUGCCACGAUAACGAGGAAGAGUAUUUAGACUCUUCACGCGUUAGCAGCACGCUGACAAGAGAAGACUCACUGGUGACCAGGGGGAGCAGGAAGAGACCACUGUCUCCUCUGGAGAGGGUCAGCCGUCUGCUGCCCCAGGAUGCCCUGAGCCCGGAGGUGAUGCAGCUGAGAGAGCAAGACCGACAAAGACCUGAUGGAGACAUCGAAAUGUCAGUUGCGCACUUGGAACAUGAAGCUGACCAACCUCUUCAGUCGCUGGUGGCUGAAGAGACACCCCCCGAAAAUAGUGUCCAUUUUAACCAACUAAGCUCCUCAGAGAGCGGGGCAGCAGUGGUUCUUCCAGGAGAGAACUUACUUGUAUUUGGCGAAAUCCUCAUGGCCGAGUUGUACAAAAAGAACCAGGUGGAGUUCAGGAAAAUGUUCACUCUGAAGGCAGGGGUUCUCCUGCAGAGCAGCUGGGGGGUGAUCCUACAUGAUGACAUUGUUGGAAAGCCGGCUGGUGUGGUUCUAAAGACCAACAGGGGUGUUCCAAUAUUUAUACGACGGGUCAGUCUGGAGGAUUAUGUGUUGCACAUGAGGAGAGGGCCUGCCAUCACCUAUCCAAAGGAUGCAGCAGUUAUGCUCAUGAUGAUGGAUGUGAAAGAGGGCGACUGCGUACUAGAGUCAGGCUCUGGCUCAGGGGCCAUGUCUCUGUUUCUGUCCAGAACAGUUGGCUCCAAAGGCAGAGUGUUGAGCAUAGAUGUCAGAGAAGAUCAUCUAAAGAGGGCCACGAAAAACUGCAAACGUUGGAGGACAUCCUGGAAUCUCCAACAUAGGGAGGAGUGGCCUGACAACAUCCAGUUUCACCACGCCGACCUUUGCAAGGCUUCCUCUCUCCUCGCUGGUCACAGAUUUAAUGCGAUUGCUCUUGACCUGGUUAACCCUCACCUGGGUUUACCCACUGCACUUCAACAUUUGCAUCCUGGUUGUGUUUGUGCCGUCUACCUCGUCAAUAUAACACAGGUUGUUGACCUGCUGGAGGGCAUUCGAUGUUCAGCUCUUCCUUUGUUAUGUGAACGCAUUGUUGAGGUUCCAGUUCGACACUGGUGGGUCUCUCCAGCCAUGAAGAAGACUGGUCAGUACUGUACCAGGAGAACUCCUGUCUUAGAAGACCACCUUGAAGAAGUGUUGAAGGAGACAGAAGAUGAGACUGACAAAGAUGAAACAGACACAGGUGAAGAGCUCAGUGCACAGGGACAGCCUGUGUUUGGGAGUGUUCCCUACAUCGCUAGACCUCAUCCUGAACAGUUGAGCCACACAGCAUUCCUUGUGAAACUAAGGAAGUAUGUUCAGUAGCAGCUCCGCUCCAAAGAAGUUCAUUUCAACAAUCUUUGGAAAAUUGUUACUACAUUGUGAACUUAAACCUUAAACCUAUUUUAUUGGGAUGUUAUGUGAUGAACCAAAACAAAACCAAAGAUAAAUGUGAAGUGGUAAGAAAAUUAUGUACUGUUUUUUUUCAAAUAAAAUUCUGAAAAGCA